CGCUCUGCGCGUUCCGGCUUAAAGGGGCCCCAGCAUUUCCUCACAGCAACAACAAAACCAGCGCGCCCGCGGCCGGCUCCACGGCUCUCGUCCCCGCCCUCCUGCCACCUGCAGUCGCCUCGGCCGCACCCGCCCGGCCCUGCUUUGCGCCACCCUGAGCUGUCCAGCCUGAGGGGUCAGGCGGAGAGCCGGGCCGCGCCCGUCGGCCAACUUCUCUCACUGCCACCCGCGCCGCCUAGCGAGACCCUGGGCUGCGCCGUGCCCGCCGCCGCGCAGCAGGAAGGGAGCGGCUGCCGCGGAGAACGCCCCGCCGGACGGUGUGGCUGGCGGCCCUGCCUGGGCGCGGAGGGCGGCGGUGGCUGGCCCCGCGGCCUUCUUUCAGGUACCCCAGUCCCGGCUGACCGCCCUGAGCCGCCAAGCCCCUUCCCCUACCGGCACCGCGGGGCCGUGGCGUAGGGGCCUUGUUGCGUUUAAGCUUGGGGGUCGCGGCGGGGCGGGGCGGUGACCCCGGGCCGGCCGUCGUGGCCUCACCCCUCCCACCCUUCCUUCUCAGCGCUUCCUCCCUCCUCGCGACUGCCUCCACAGUUCGGAGCCCGGCGGAGCCCGAACCUGGCGGGCAGAGCUGCCUCCACGGCCCGGCACCCAGACCCCGCCGCCGCCGCCACCACCUCGGGCCAUCCUUGGUACCAGCAUGGCCUUUGUAUCGCCCAGUGCACUUGUGACUGACUUGGACCCGGAAUACUAAGAACUUAUUUCUCUUCGCAUCCCAGUCGCGCGGGCGGUGACCACCUCGGCUCUUUUGGGCUUAACUGCCGCUCCUCUUGACUCUAUCCGACUUUGGGGCAACAUGGACCAAAGUGGGAUGGAGAUUCCUGUGACCCUCAUCAUUAAAGCACCGAAUCAGAAAUACAGUGACCAGACUAUUAGCUGCUUCUUGAACUGGACCGUGGGGAAACUAAAAACGCAUCUCUCAAACGUUUACCCUAGCAAACCAUUGACGAAGGAUCAAAGAUUGGUGUAUUCGGGCAGACUGCUUCCCGAUCAUCUGCAGCUGAAAGACAUUCUCAGAAAACAAGAUGAGUAUCAUAUGGUUCAUCUAGUAUGUACUUCUCGGACUCCUCCCAGUUCUCCAAAAUCCAGCACCAAUAGAGAAAGUCGUGAAGCAUUGGCAUCCAGCAGCAAUUCUAGUUCAGAUCAUUCAGGAUCAACAACUCCAUCAUCCAGUCAAGAAACCUCGUCCUUAGCUGCGAGUUCUUCCUCGGAAGGAUUGAGGCAGCGUACCCUUCCACAAGUACAAACUGACCCAGCACAGAGUCACCAGUUUCCAUAUGUAAUGCAAGGAAAUGUAGACAACCAGUUUCCUGGGCAAGCUGCUCCACCUGGAUUCCCAGUGUACCCCGCAUUUAGCCCACUGCAGAUGCUGUGGUGGCAACAGAUGUAUGCUCAUCAGUAUUAUAUGCAGUAUCAAGCUGCAGUUUCAGCUCAGGCCACAUCAAAUGUCAACCCAACCCAGCCUACUGCUUCACAGCCUCUAAAUUUGGCACAUGUUCCUGGAGAAGAACCCCCACCAGCUCCAAACCUAGUGGCCCAAGAAAAUCAACCCAUGAAUGAAAAUGUUCAAAUGAAUGCACAGGGAGGCCCAGUACUAAAUGAAGAAGACUUCAAUCGAGACUGGCUAGACUGGAUGUACACGUUCUCACGAGCUGCGAUUCUCCUUAGCAUUGUAUACUUCUAUUCUUCUUUUAGUCGGUUUAUCAUGGUAAUGGGAGCCAUGCUACUGGUUUAUUUACACCAAGCUGGAUGGUUCCCUUUUAGGCAAGAAGGAGGUCAUCAGCAGGCUCCCAACAAUAAUCCCGAAGUUAACAAUGAUGGGCAAAAUGCAAACAACUUGGAACUUGAAGAAAUGGAGCGUCUUAUGGAUGAUGGGCUUGAAGAUGAAAGUGGAGAAGAUGCAGGUGAAGAUGCCAGUGCAAUUCAGAGGCCUGGAUUAAUGGCUUCAGCUUGGUCUUUCAUCACCACCUUCUUUACUUCACUAAUACCAGAGGGGCCUCCCCAGGUUGCCAAUUGACCUGAAAAACUGUGCCAGCUACAAGGAGGGUCUGACUUUAGGAAAGAGGUUUAAAUAACAGUGCAAUUUCAAAAAAAUUUAUAACUUUCUUUUCAUCAUGAUGUACAGAGGUGUUUUUUUCUUUAGGCUUCUCAUGCAUAUGAAUAUUUUAAGCACAAAAGGACUACUAAAUGUUUGAUUUUUUUUUAAGAUCCUAACAGAACAUAGUGUAACAAUAUUGGUCUUCCAGGUGUUACUCAUUUCAAUUAUGUAUAGUAUACCAAGACAGACCUAUUUUUGUGUCUUAUUCUUUAAAGAGCUGCUUUAUUGGCCAGGCGCCAUGGCUCACGUCUGUAAUUCCAGCACUUUGGGAGGCCGAGGUGGGUGGAUCAUCUGAGGUCAGGAGUUUGAGACCAGCCUGACAAACAUGGUAAAACCCAGCCUCUACUAAAAAUACAAAAAAAUUAGCCAGGUGUGGUGGCACUCGUCUGUAAUCGCAGCUACUCAGGAGGCUGAGGCAGGAGAAUUGCUUGAAUCCAGGAGGCAGAGGUUGCAGUGAGCCGAGAUUGGGCCAUUGCACUCCAGCCUGAGCAACAGAGUGAGAUUCAGUCUCAAAAACAAAAAAAGAGCUGCUUCACAUAUAAAUGUCUAUAGCUAGUAGCCCAGCCCUUUAAUGUUUAAUUUGAAUAAAUAUAUCUAUUUUCUGUGAAUUAUCUUGAAAGUUUUAAACAGAAUGACCUCAUAGUUUUUAAUAAAGGAUAUUAUUUACCUAAAAUGUGCUAGUAGCAUCUUGCCCAGCCAUAAAGCAAUAAACUUCUCAAUAAUCUUAAUUUUGACAUUUGAAUAAGUAAUGGAAACUUUCUAUUUUAAGGGCAUGUAUCCCAUCAAUUGGAAUCAGUACCUUAACAGAAAAAGGCAGCUCUUCAAUGGAAUUAAAGUGAUAUAAAAUGUUUGAUACAGGCAGUACUUUUAUAACAUAAGAUAUGCUGGAAAUUGCUCCCUGUAAUUUUUUAAAUAAAAAGUCAAUUAUGGUAAACAUUCUUAUGGGAUAUUUGUUCAAACUCUUCCCCCAUUACAUGCAAAAAUUUAUGUGAAUUUUAGUAGUUGUUUUGAAGGGUUGAAGUCUUAAAGGUCAUUUACACCUCUUUCCAUUCCAGAUGGAUAUCUCCUAGUUAGAUUGUCUGAAACCUCAUUAAUUGAUUUAAAAAUCCCUGUGCAAGCCAAUUUAAUACGUCAUAAGAAGGCAGUUUCUUAUUAGAUAGCUAAGUAAAACAAAUAUGGAUGGGAGAACUUCAUCUCACAUGAAAUGCACUAUUGAGUUAUGAGUGUGGUACUGGCCCAGGAGUAUAUGAUUAGGUAACAGAACAGAGUAGAAGAUUAAGAAAACAUCCAUAAAUUAUUUUCUGAUUUGUUUGCUUAUAAUGAUAAAAGUGACAUUUUCAAGGGAUGACUGGUUAACCCUUUGAAAAGUAAAGUUAGAUUUCUAUUUAUAAAUGUUAAGAGGUCAUGACUGAAUAUGAACAAUCAAAUCGUGGGAAUAAUAAGAAUAUGUAGGUGAAAAUUUAUAUAACAUUGAAAUGAGAGAAUGGCAGAAUCUUUAAAGAUUGCUAAGUAUAUAAUGUUUUGACAUAAGUAAUUGAAAGGCAAAUAAUUAGGGGAAAAAAGAUAGAAAAAGUGAUAAAUGAAGUCUUAAAUUCAGUCCAGUAAAAAAAAAAAAAAAUUGUAUCUAGUAA